AUGUCACCUUCUGCAGAAGAGCCCCACUGGCAGCGCAUUGGCCGCGAAAAGCGCGAGGCUGUCCACGCACUGCUGCCCGAGCACUGGCGCCUGAAGACCGUGCCGUCUGCUGUGGAGCUACCCGACGCUACCACCUUUCCGCGCAACGUGUUGUCUGAUCAGGAGCUGGCCAUCACCGAGAAUUACACGGCCGAUCAGCUCACUCAUGAGCUAGCCAAUGGCAAACUCACAGCUCUUGAAGUUGCAAAAGCCUUUUGCCACCGUGCUACCGUGGCCCAUCAACUGACAAACUGCCUCAGCGAGGUUCUCUUCUCGGAUGCUUUGGCACAGGCUGAGGCCCUUGAUGCUCACUACCGCACUCACGGCAAGCCAGUCGGUCCUCUCCAUGGCUUGCCCAUCUCUCUCAAGGACCAGUUUCGCGUCAAAGGAGCUGAGACGUCCGUUGGCUUCAUUGCUUGGUUGGGAAAUGUUGAGACAGAAGAGACCGAAUCGUGGUUGGUGAAGCAGCUGAGGGCCUUGGGCGCGGUCAUUUACUGCAAGACCAACGUGCCAACCAGCUUGAUGGGAAUUGAAACAAACAACAACAUCAUCGGCUACACGAGCAAUGCACACAACCGUCUGCUUUCUUCUGGCGGCUCGUCAGGUGGUGAAGCCUCUCUCCUUGCGAUGAGAGGAAGCAUUAUUGGACUUGGCUCCGACGUCGGAGCGUCUAUCAGGCUACCAUGUGCUCUGAGUGACAUCGUCGGCCUCAAGCCUUCCCAUGGACGUGUCCCAUACCUCGGGAUAAGAAAUAGCAUGGAGGGCCACCAGACUGUUGAAUCUGUUAUUGGUCCUAUGGGCCACAGCAUUUCCGACCUGCGCCUUCUCCUUAAGACCAUCAUCCAGACCCAACCCUGGCUUGCGGACCCUAAGGUCAACAGGAUUCCCUGGAGACAAGAGGAUGAAGAUGCGGUCAAGGCCAAGAUCCAAACAAAGAAGCUGACAUUCGGUGUCAUUCGCACUGACGGAAUGGUGAACCCUCACCCUCCAGUCCAGCGCGCCAUCAACGAGGCGGUUGAGGCACUGAAAGCCAGGGGCCACGAAGUCAUCGAAUGGAACCCGCCUGCACAUGCCGAGGCAUUCCAAAUUCUUUGGAACACCUUCGCCGCCGACGGAGGCAAAGACAUCCACUCCGUCGCCUCCGAAGCCGGCGAGCCGCUCGUUCCAGAGAUCUCCGUCUCAUACGGAAAGGAGCUCGGCCACCUUCCGGUCGGAACGGUGAACGACCUCUGGGCCACCCAAAAACAGAAAUACGAGUACCAGGCUCGCUACCUGGAGUACUGGCAGUCCACGAAGAAGCUCACGCGGUCGGGUGAGCCGGUUGACGCUCUGAUUGCCCCGGCGGCGCCCUCGGCAUCCUACAAGCCCACCGAGGGCAAGUACUUUGGCUACACGGGCGUUUUCAAUGUGCUGGACUACUCGGCUGCUGUCGUCAAGUCUCCGACGAAGGCAGACAUGGCCAAGGAUUUGCCCUUCAAAGACUAUCAGCCGCUGAAUGACUUUGACAAGGCGGUUGCCGGUGAUUAUAUUCCGGAAGUCUUCCAUGACAUGCCGAUCGGCCUGCAGGUUGUGGGUCAACGCUUGGAGGAGGAGAAGGUCUUGGCCAUUGCGGAGGAAGUCGAGGAUAUAUUCAACGCUCUGCGGAAGAAUUAA